AUGGCGCGAACGAGCUUUGCGACCGAGUUCCUGCGGCGGGAGCUGCUGGCGGCGCUGGGCGCGCGUGCGCCGGGGGAGGGCGCGGACGCCCGCGCGCCCGCCGACAGCUUCUCCGAGAGUCUGAGUGAGGACACCGAGUCGCAGACCGCGCCCAUCGCCGCCGCCGCCAGCCAGUCGCGCGUGAUGCUCGUGCGCCGCACCAACAGCUCGCGCCAGACCGUGACGCUCGUGGACCGCGAGUUCGACGUGGAGGCGUUCGUGCCCAGCCACGUGGCCGUCGCGCUGCUGCAGGAGCGCGGCUUCCAGACGAUCGGCCGGCUGCGCGGCAGCGUCGUGCGCGUCACCGAGUACCACUUCGCCACCAUGGCGCGCUGUCUGGCGGCGGACGCGCGGAGCAGCAGCCACGCAACGUCCGUGUCCGUGUCCGCGCCCAGCGUCGGCCGAGGCGGCGCGCGCGUAUAUCUGUGGGUGGACGCGCUGGCCAUCGUGGAGGAGAACGAGCUGGCGGUCAAGAUGCAGCCCGAGGUGUACAGCCACCCGGCGGUGGCCGAAAGGCUGCAGGCUCUGAGCGACGCGGAGCUGGAGAAGCAACUCAUGAUCAACCAGGGACUGCCGCCCAUGCGGACGGAGAGCGACGGGUUCGACGACGACCGGCCGCUGCGGGAGGAGGACUGCGUCAUCCCGGAGGACCAGGAGCAGCAGCUGGAGGAGCAGGACGACUGGGGACUCCCGACCACAGUGGACGUGCAGCCGAACGACUCGGAGCUCAUCGAGGAGAACGGUCAUGUGCCCAUGCCAGAGUCUCAGGUGGCGCGCGGACCCGCGUCGCAGGAUAAAGCAGCGCAGUCGACGCAGGACUCGCUCGCGUCGUCCGCUGACCUGUCAGUGGCGCUGUCAGGCAACUCCAUGGUAUCGUCGGUGACGUUAUCGGGCAACUCCGUGGCGUCGUCGGUGACGCUGCCGGGGAACCCUUCGGUGACUUUGAGCGGGGAUGUGAGUGUAGACUCCAUUGUGGACAGUCCCAAGUACCCGUUCCAGCAGGAGAACAUCCGAGAGACGUUCGUGGUGGAAAGCGACACGGAGGAUGAACACGACGGCGUUCAAGAAGGGAAGGAGGUGACGCCCAGCACGCCAGGAACACGGCAACGAACUACUUCUAGCGAGUCUGUUCACUCGAGCCCAGCGCCAACGACGCCAAAGACGUCCCAGAGCUCGUGCAUGAUUGUGGAUCUGACUGUCGAUUCGCCCGAAAAGGCUCCACUCACAGCACCCACCUCAGCAGCAAAGUCUACGCAGGACGUUGAGCUCAAGAUCGAAGCUGACGACUCGCUACAAGCCACAAGUGAAGCUGGAGCAGAUCAAGCAUCCUCUAAUACUUCACAGCAGACACCGGAAACGCAGAAGCGCUCGACUGGUUGGCGUAAAAUUUACGAGUUUGCGUCGAAUUUGGUUGGCAUAGGGACUCCGUCCGCCGAGGACUCCCACUCGAAUGGUCAACCGACAGAUGAAGAAAUGGAUGAGUCUACCGAGAAUGACCUGCAAGCUACGCAGCUUCUUGAUCAGUCCGAGGAGGAAAAACAAGACGCGCAGAACAAACACGACGAGCCGGAGGAAUACAUCUCGUCUCAGGUGACUGUGGUGCUGCAAUACGCUAUCGAUAACGACGAAGACGCCAACGCCUUCGAAUACGAGGGCAUGAUUUCGGACGACGUGGCAUCCCCCAGGUCGGCACCCGCACAUGAUGAGCACACAGUCAGUGGCGUUCACAAUCCCGCAGCUUCGGCAUCAAACUCUGUUGACGACGAGCUUACCCUGACUGAAGAGGUUCCCGACAUCACCGUCACUCCCGAGAAAAAAUCACCGCCAAAGGAGGCGAAGCCGGAUCUCAAAACGCCGACUCCAUCUGUGCAAGCAAGAACACCAGACGCGGGAAAGAGGGUGGAAGAAGCUGCGCAGGCGUCGAGUGUGUCACCAGCACAACACUCGAGUAAUUCAAGCCAAGGUAGCAGCGACGACAGCCAUCCUGCCUCACCUCCCGACGCCAAAGACCCUAUCCUCCCGACAGAUGUUUCAGCUAAGCUAUCACCAGCUAAGAGUCCGUCCAAGCUCGUCAUUUCUGUCGACCCAAUCGACAACGGCUUGAUCCAGGCUAGACGAGCCCCAAAGCGUAAUCGCGAGCAAGCUAACCCCGAGAUUCCAUCACCUGCAGCUACCAGUGCCGUGCAAGAAAAUACUACGAAUGGGUCAUCACCGCAGCCACGAAGUGAUGAUCAACAACGCGCACAAGCCCAAAAGCGUCGCCGCCGCGAGAUCCUCUCAACAUUUGAAGGUGGGUCCCAAUCGCCUCAAUUUGAGCAACCAUCUACUCCAUUCGUACCCCGACGGAAGCCUCAGUCUGACCGCGCAACUAUCGUCGCCGAUAAAUAUUCGCUGGAAGCAGUAUGUCAAUCACUCGGUUCCCACACUCGAGACCGUUCUAAUGACGAUGAUCAAGCGCGUUCGUCACGGCAACCGCGUCGUGCCUGGAAGCGGUAUGAAAAUCUCUUCCCACCGCUGAACAUGACCCGCCUCAAGCAAAUGAUAUCAGAACGCAAGGACAAGUAA